GGCGUGUGAGUGUCGGGAGCUUCAAUUUGGACCUGCAUUUAUCGCAUUUUCCAUGUCGCUGUUUCCAAGAUUCGCAAUCUCUUCCUCCUUCAAUCAUCUUGCCCUCAAACUCCUCGGCGCCUACCUCCCGUCGUCUUCUGAAGCUAUGAUGGAACCUUCUCUGACCUCAUUCGACAAUCUUCUUGACCCUGUCCUAUCUGAUUCUUUGUCUUUCUCUUUCUGUCUCCGUCACUGCCUCGUCUGCCUCCUGGGCUUUUCUCGUCGUCUCAUCUGCCCAUCCGUCAUCUGCUCUGCUCCAUGACUGCGCAUCAGGCAUCUCAUCUGCCCUGCAUUUCCUCCAAUCUCCACCUCAUCACCACACAUCAUCGCCGACUCCGUCACCUCCCAAGCCCUCUUUUUACGUCUGAUCGACAUCCCCGUGCCCACAGACUCGGCCGACUUGUCCACUGCCCAGCCAUCUG